GUCCCUACCAAUGCUCAUUUAACUAUCGUUUUCAACUUGUGUAUUAAUAGUUUGACUAAAAAUAAAAAUUUUGAAAGAUAAUUAUAUAUUCAUAAACUAAAGUAACCUACAUAUUGUCAUUAGUUAUUCAAAAUUUAAAACUUUCAGUGAAAAUGAUGAAAUGGCAAAUUAUAUCUAUUUUAUUCAUAAUAUCGUGUUUGAUAUUUAAUGAAGCGAUCCAAUAUAAAAUUGCGGAAGACAAACAAUUUAGCCCAGUAGAAGAAAGUACGACGAGAAAAGUUGAAGAAAAUAAAUACUUGGAAUUAUUAAAAAAUACUUAUGAAAAUGGAUAUAAAUUGGAUAAAGAUACAACAACGGCUGCUGCUGCUAAUGGGUAUUUAAAAUAUGCAGCUGCAAGUAAUGGUCAUUUAGAAUGCUUAAAAUAUGCUUAUGAAAAUGGUUGUAAAUGGAAUGAAUUAGAUAUUGUGAUAAGUGCAAUUACUAUAGGUAAUCUAGAAAUAUUAAAAUAUGUUCACGAAAAUGGAUACGAAUUCAAUGAACUCACAACUACUCUGGCUGCCAAAGGUAAUCUAGAAAUUUUAAAAUAUGUCCUUAAAAAUGGAUACCCUUCAUGUCCGUGGGAUGAAAAUACUUUACAAGUAGCGGCUUAUAAUGGUCAUUUAUAUAUUUUAAAAUAUGCACAUGAAAAUGAAUAUCCGUGGGAUGAAAGAACAACAAAAGCAGCUGCAAGGUCAAUUCGAGCAGCUGCAGCCAGUGGUUGUUUUGAUUGUUUAAAAUAUAUACAUAAAAAUGGUUAUAAUAAAUGGGAUGAAGGCACAACUAGAGCUGCUGCUGCAAGUAGAUGUUUUAAGUGUUUGAAAUAUGCCCACGAAAAUGGAUGUGUAUGGGAUGAGGGUACAACUCGAGCUGCUGCUGUAAGUGGUUGUUACGAGUGUUUGAAAUAUGCCCACGAAAAUGGAUGUGUUUGGGAUGAGGGUACAACUAGAGCUGCUGCAGCAAGUAAUUGUAUAAACUGCUUGUUUUAUGCUCAUUAUAAGGAAUGUAAUUGGGAUGAAGAUACAAUAGUUGCAGCAGCUGUUCAUGGUAAUUUAAAUUGUUUAGCAUAUGCUCGUAGACAUGGAUGUAAUUGGGUUGAAGGUACAAUGAGAGGAGCUGCAGCAAAUGGGCAUUUAAACUGUCUCAAAUUUGCUCACAAAAAUGGGUGUCCGUGGGACGAAGGCACUACAAGGGAAGCUGCUGCGAGUAAUUAUAUUAAGUGUUUGAUAUUUGCACAUGAAAAUGGAUGUAAAUGGGAUAACGGAACAACGAGUGGAGCUACUGCUAAUGGCAAUUUAGACUGCCUAAAAUAUGUUCGUGAAAAUGGCUGUGAUUGGGACGAAGAGACAACAAGACUUGCUGCUGCAAAUGGUCAUUUGUUAUGCUUAAAAUAUGCUCAUGAAAAUAAUUGUCCAUGGAGUAGUGGUACCAUUUCUGAAGCGACUCGAAAUGGUCAUACUGAUAUAAUUAACUAUGCUACCGAAAAUGGAUGUCCUAAUUAA